AGGACACCAGGACGGCGGCAUUGUCCUGUCCUGUUUCCAUCUCUGAUAACUAUAUAUACACCAUAAGUUCGUCAAAUACACAACAUGGAACAGACAAAUAUUACUUGAUAAUUUAAAUUUGAGUAAAAAGAAAUAGGAUGUAGGUGUCAGUAUCAGUAAGACUCUUGGUAUCGGAGUAAGAUAUACCCCUGCUCAGGCUCACACCUUACACUCACAUCUACCCACAAAGAUGCACACAAUGCAGUAGGGGGAGAUGCGAGUGUGGGUACAGAUUUUUCUCGAAAUUUAUCGACACCAAAGUUGCAUCUUGCUCUAAGUGAUUAUACCAUGUUUUUCUACCUUUUCCUCCUUGAAGUGUAAGAUCUGACUGUGGCUGUAGCAAGAGAUCUGGAUAUGAAUCCGUGCACGAUUUUCAUUUUCCUUACACCCACAUCUACACUCUCGUUCGUUAACCUCUUAAACUAUUGGAUGAGCCUAUUCAUUUUUCCCAUGAGAUCCUUCAUUCAUUUUGUUCAUUCAUAACAAACGGCAGAAGUAUACAAUGACCAUUCAUACAGAUCUUAUGAGAAAAUAGCUAGCCAUAUUCAAUAUGAAUCAAUAAAAUGUUGUCCUUCUUGAUUUAUCGAAUGAAAUACUAUUCAUCAUUUUGAAAAAGCCUUAGCAAUAUCGAUGUUCUUUGGAUAUUGAUUAUUACCGAGGGUAUGGGUGAGUAAGAAAAUAAAACAUACACACCCACACCCUCAAGAUCUAUUGUUUGACGUGAUUCUGAAAUAGGUGGAGACUGAUAACCAAUUCCUUCUUCAUAAAUAAUUUCAUUUGGUUUGAUGACUAUUAUUGCAACACCAGGAAUAUAAGUAUCACCAAGAAGGGAUUGGAUCAAUGCUUUCGUUAGAGAAAAUUUAAAUUGAUGAUCUUCUGCUUUUAUUAAAGUAAUGAUCAUGAGAAACCAAAAUAUCUCAAUGUUGUUUUGAUUCUUUUUCGUUAAAUAUCAUUUAAAUCUCCUUAGAAUGCAUAUACGAACAACACAAAGAAUUAGUCAUACAAUAGAUAUAAAAUGCUUUUAUCUGUGCCCUUGACUUGACCCAUUUUUUUCCUUCUCAUUCAAAAAAUGUUGACGACUAAGUCAUAUAAAGUGUAUGAACAUGUUUUUAUCUAAAAUGAAGCUUUAUUUUAUUACAUAUUUCUUUUAGUUUUGAUAUACUAGUACUACCACAUAUGAUAUUCAUCGAUGAUGUCUAAAUAACGUCCUACACUCUAAAUAAAAAUCGUUUUCUGGGAAACCCAGAAAAAUAGGUUUCCGAACGUUCGGAAACCCAAAUAGGUUUCCAGACUGACUUCGGAAACCUGAAUACGUUUCCGGACUGAUCUCGAAUACCUUUAAUAGGUUCGUGGAAGGAAAAAAUAGGUUUCCGACUUUCGGAAACCUUAAAAGCGUUUCAUAUAGUGACAAACCCGGAAACGCUGAAGGGUUUCCGGAGAAAGCGAUCCGUUUCCAAAAAUUCGGAAACCCUGAAGGGUUUCCGGGUUUGUCACUAUAUGAAACGCUUUUAAGGUUUCCGACUUUCGGAAACCUAUUUUUUCCUUCCAAGAACCUAUUAAAGGUAUCCGAGAUCAGUCCGGAAACGUAUUCAGGUUUCCGGAGUCAGUCUGGAAACCUAUUUGGGUUUCCGAACGUUCGGAAACCUAUUUUCCUGGGUUUCCCAGAAAACGAUUUUUAUUUAGAGUGUAGUCAACCUUGAUGUACAAUUAUGCAUCGUAUUUUCAAGUCUACAUUGAUUUAAAGUUAUUUAAUAAGUAUCAAUCUAUGAAAAUAAGAUAAUUCAAAAUCAGUAUCAAAUACAAUGACGCACAUGUUAAUUAUUGAUAAAGAUUAUCUGAAUUACAGAGUUUAUUGCAGUUGUAUAUAUUUAUCUACAAAUGCAAGUUUCUUUUUGCAACCUAAGUGAUUAUUUUUUUCCUUUGAACUAAACCUAUAUGAUUAAGUUGACAUAGUUUCGUUUCAGUUACUUUUUCGUUGAAGUUCUAUAAAAAGAAAAACAAAUAUCUGUAAAAGAAAAUUUCAUGACAGUUAUCUUUAGAUCUAUCACUGUUCAUGAAUUUUCGCAAAGCAAAUAUUUUUAUUUUGUGCAAUCAAGAAUGAUAUAUUUGGAAUGUUUUUAACUAUGUAAUAGGGGAAUAUUGGAUGAUUGAUGAAAAUUAAAACAUUUCAAUAGAUCUUAGAAUGGGUCAAAUGUUAUCAAUUAUUUUUUUUUAUUAUUCUGCAGAACUGAAGACACUAGAUGAUUGAUAAAAUUUCAAACAGAAGUAGAUUUUAAAAUUAUCUAAAUGCGUUUGAUGAUUGUGUUUCAGCGAAGGGACAUGAGAACAAAAUAGAUCAAGCAAUAAAUUUCCUUUUCAUUUUUAUUUACUUUCUCUGAUAUCUCACUUUGUUAAACUUCCACUAAUGUUCACCAAAGACGACAUUUAUUUCCACAAAAUUGAAAUCGAUCCUUUAUACUAAACCGCAUUUUCAACAACAAUUCUUUGCUGAUAAGAAUUAGUGAUAGGAUCGGUUCAUGUUUUUUUGGAACCAAAUCGACUUGAAUCGAUUUGGAGAUCAAAGAGAGAAAGAGGGUUUAAAAGCUGUAUUGUUUUUUCUAAAAAUAUGCCUCUAAAAACCUUCAUCGAUUAUGGGGUGUGGGUAUGAGUUUGGGUGUUAGUGUAAGUAUUGUUCGACAAAACACUCAGACUCACACACAACCACACCCGAACGUGUUCUGUGGCCGUUUUCCUCGACAUAUAUUACUCAGCAUUGAAAGAUUAUAAUUUCUACAUUCAUCUGCUUAGUCACCAAUGAAAUUAUCAGUAUAUGAAUGAUUAUUCAUUAACUUUAAAAAUAACAUUAUUUCCAAAUGAUUUUAUUCCACUCGCUUAUAAAUCUCGGUUUUGUUUAAAAUAUAUAAAAAUUGAGUGUUUGCCAAAAAACCAUAUCCAUCAUUCUUUUAUUCAAAGCUAAAAAUAUUAAUAAAAGAUGUCGCACAACAAAAAAGUGAAAGAUUUAUAGAAAAUCUUUCUUCAAAAAAACACGAUUUUCUAAUGAUUAGUUUAAAACCAUAUUUAUCAUUCUUUUGCAUUAUUCCCACUCUGAUUACAUUUUCGUGUGGGACUUUGUAUGUGUCAGUUAUUUUCUCUCAUGUCUUUCCUAUUGCAUCACACUCUUUUGUCAAGUAUAUGUUAACAACAGAACGAAAAAAUUUCACAAUGAAAUGACAUUUACGUGUGUGCUCUGGUUUAUUCUCAUGUUACGACAUUACAAAACUAUAUAAAAGACGGCUACUACUGUGACAGGAAACAAUUUUUGUCUUAAAAGUGACUCGAAGUAAAAAAAGAUGUUAAGUGUAAACUACACAACAAUGGGAUUCACAACGGAUCUUCGCAUAUGUAGUCAACGUCAUCAACAAAAUAAACACAUCGCUCGAAAGAAAAAGAAUCAAAGGUUUCUGCUAUCCCAUUUACAUUUAGGUAUGAUAUAGAGUACAUUUACAAGAUUUUCAAAAAUCAUGAAACAUAGUGUAAAAAACAUCGAGUAAAACAUAUGUUGCUAAUUAAAAGAUUUAUUUGAAACAUAGACCUAUAUUAAGAGUGAUGUCAAAAUUAAUCACUAGAUAGAGAUAUGAAUAUUUUAGAAUUUGUAACUUUUAUGGUAUUGUAAUGCCUAUCAAAUACGAUUGAGGUUAUCGAUCUGAUGAACAUUCCCUUUCUUUAUAUAUAUUGAAGUGUUAUAAUUUGUAAGACUAUAUAUUCAAUAAUAUUUUCUGUUUGUUUAGGUAUAACAAAUAAAACUCGAUCGGCUAGAUCUUGGAUAAGAGAUCAAUUAAUUGAUUUCAAAAAUGAUAACGUUGAAGAAAACACUAAUUGUUACGAUGAUAUAUAUUUAGAACACAGUUUAGAACAGAUAGACAUAGAAACUUAUAUCAAAGCACAAUGGAAUGAAAUCUUUGAAGCUAUCAAUAAUGAUAAUGCUGAUCUUCUCGACUAUCUUAUACCACCAGUUAAUAUUUAUAAUUCUAAGGAAAAAUAUUGGUCCAAUGAAAAAUAUUAUCAAUAUUGUGAAGAUUCUAACAUCCUUUUAUACGCUAUUCGUGAUGGACGUAUAAAUUGUAUUCGAGUUUUAUUGGACAAGGUUUAUUCCGGUGAUGUUAAUCCAGAUAUAUUACAAGGUAAUUGUUGGUUCGGUGAAACGCCACUAUCGCGGGCAUGUGAACGUAGUGAUAUGAAUCUUGUUCGAGAACUUGUUGAACGUGCUCAUGUUGAUAUUAAUCAAGGUGCUUUGUUAGGAAUCGCUGUUAGAAAAGAUCAUCAAACACUAGUCGAAUAUUUAUUGACUCAAGGAUGUAAUUAUCAGAAUACAUAUGACCAAUUUAUAUUGCAUGAUGCGUCUGCUCGUGGUCAUUCUGAAAUUGUUAAAAUCCUUUUAAAAUAUGGUGCUGAUCCCAAUACAUUAAAUUAUUCUGGUUGGACUCCUCUUGAUUAUGCUAUAGAUCAGAGAAAUUUUGAUGUUGCUGAAAUUCUCAUAUCUUAUUCACAUGGUAAUAUCAAAGAAAAUGGUAAUCAUUUUACACCAUUGAUGAUAGCAGUACAUUAUGAUUUAAGAUCGAUUGUUGAAUUACUUUUUAAACUAUUACCAAUUGAUCGAGCUGCUGAUGAUCUAUUACGAUUAGCUUGUCGAUAUACAAUCGAUCUUAACAUGUUAAAUCAUGAUAUGGCCUUAUAUUUUUUUGUACAGGGGUUAAAUGGAAAACAAACAUCGAACAAUUCUAUUAUUAAUGAAGUUUAUGAAUUUCGACAAGAAUGUCAAACAUUAAAUCAAUUAGAAAGUAUACAAGAGGAUGAAAAUGCUAUGAGAAUGCAUGCUUUACUUGUUAAUGAACGAAUUUUUCUUCAACGUCAAGAUCAUUCUAGUUAUAUUGAUUUAAUUGAGAAACAAUGUAAUUAUUAUUGUGAUCAACAUUUAUACUAUCGUAGUCUUCAAUUACGUUUGCACGCAUAUCAAUUGAUGAUUCGAGUUCAGAAUGAUUGUCCAGAAGCACGAAAAUUAUAUGAAAAUAGUUUGAAUAGAUUAGUUGACAAUUUACAGAGUAUAUUAAUACAAGAUGGUCUAGUGCCUAUUGACUCCUUAGUUAUUAUAUUCAAUUUGAUUUUUGAACAAUAUGUGCCAGCAAUGAAAUUCAGUCAAAUGAAUCUUCUGAUUAUCAUAAGUUUUGUAAGUACAUACAAUUACACUCAAUGCUGA